AUGGGAGGUGAGGAUGCAGAGAUCCGGUUUUGUGAGCACAAGAGGCUGAACAUGCCCACUUUGCGAAUGACCUGGGAGGCCAAGGUCCAGCUGAAAGAGAUCCUUGUCAACGUCGGCUUCCCUGAAGAGUGCCUCCUGAAUCAGAUGUUUAACACUGUGGGACCAGACAAUAACUUGGAUGUGGUGAUCUCUCUGCUGACGUUUGGCUCUUACCCCAAUGUGUGUUACCACAAAGAGAAAAGGAAGAUCCUGACCACAGAGGGGCGAAAUGCUCUCAUUCACAAGUCCUCAGUCAACUGUCCUUUCAGCAACCAUGAUAUGGUGUAUCCAUCUCCCUUUUUCGUCUUUGGGGAAAAGGUUGGUUUGAAAGUAGCUUUAAACUGCUAUUUUCGCAGUUUAUACUUUUAGACUUAAAGACUUAAGUUACAUCACAGCCACAAACCAUGAUUUUUUAC